AUGGAAGCGAUUAAAUCUAUUCUGUCGCGUGACGCACCUAUCACUGAAAAAGUGCCAGCAAAAGUGCAGCACAACGAGAAGGACGGGCAUAUUUCCUCAGUUCAUUUGGUAAAAGAUGAGAUUCAGCCAUCUGAAUCGCUGCCCCAUUACCCUUUGAUAGAUAAGCUAUCUGGGCAGGUGGAUGUUGAUGAGUAUGCGUCACUUACAGUAGAGGGUGAUUCUCCAUAUCCAGAGGUUAGGGCAGCUGUUCCUUCUUAUGAUGACAGCUCUUUGUUGCAAAAUACGGUUCGUAUGUGGGCGAUUGGAUUAUUCAUGACAACAGUUGGUUCUGCUUUAAAUAUGUUAUUCUCUAUGCAUACACCUCCCAUUGCUUUAACGGCAUUUGUUACGUCUUUGAUGGGGUGGCCGAUGGGAAAGGCGUGGGAGUACUUUGUUCCAAACUGGAGGUUGUUUGGUCCACUUGGGGGGCCAUAUUUGAAUCCUACGCCGUUUAACCUGAAGGAACACGCUUUGAUUACGAUUAUGGGUAAUGUCGCUUUUGGAGGUGGUAAUGCGUAUGCCACGGAUAUUUUGUUGUCCAUGCAUAUUAAGGAUUUUUAUAAUCGUAAUUAUGGAUGGGCUUUUGACUUGCUUGCAGUGUGGUCCACUCAGUGUAUUGGAUUUUCGUUGGCCGGAAUGUGUCAUCAGAUUUUAGUGAAGCCAGCAGUUAUGAUAUGGCCUUCUGCAUUAGUUACCUGCACCUUCUUGACUAACAUCCAUAUCAAUGAGAACCACGUGGCUAAUGGAUGGAAAAUUUCUAGGUUAAAGUUCUUUCUAAUUGUAUUCAUUAUUGGGUUUGUAUGGUACUGGAUCCCAGGUUACUUGUUCCAAGCGUUGGGUACUUUUGUCUGGCCUCUUUGGAUAGCCCCCAAAAAUGUUAUUGUCAACCAAUUGUUUGGUCCACAAACUGGAAUGGGUCUAUUACCAUUAACCUUUGACUGGAACCAAAUUAGUGGUUUCACGGGCUCUCCGUUGGUACCUCCCGUUUCUGCGAUUAUCACUAUUGCAAUCUCUGUGGUUAGUAUUUUCUGGAUUCUACUCCCAAUUAUUCAUUAUAGUAACAUUUGGUACGGUAAGUAUCUCCCAAUGAGUAGAAGCAAAUCCUACGACCGGUACCAGAAUACUUACAACGUAAGUGCAAUCGUCGAUGAAACGUUAAGCUUGGACAAACAAGAGUACCAAAACUAUUCACCAUUGUAUCUACCAACUUCGUUUGCGAUUUCUUAUGGUAUGUCUUUCGCCUCUAUCACCGCGACAGUGAUGCAUACCAUUUUAUUUCAUGGCAAAGACAUAGUAGCUCGUAUGCGGUCUUUGAAAACUGAGGAAGAAGAUGUUCACGCAAGAUUAAUGAAAAGUUAUAAGACAGUUCCAUGGUGGUGGUACGCAUGCGUGUUCCUGGUUUUCUUGGCUAUGUCUAUUGCUGUCAUAGCUGGGUGGGAUACUCAGAUGCCAAUAUGGGCUUUGAUAUUUGCAUUGGGCAUUGCAACUGUCUUCUUGUUACCCGUUGGUAUCAUCUAUGCUUUAACCAAUAUCAGUGUUGGAUUGAAUGUCAUAACUGAAUUCCUCAUCGGUUACGUGCUGCCUGGUCGCCCUAUCGCCAUGAUGUUCUUCAAAACGUUUGGCUAUAUUACCAACAAUCAAGCAAUAACUUUCGCGCAGGAUAUGAAGAUAGGUCACUAUUUGAAGCUUGCUCCUAGAUUAAUGUUCACUGCCCAAUUCCUCGCAACGAUAUGGGGAGGUACUGUCCAAGUGGCUGUAAUGAGAUGGGCUGAAGGCAAUAUUCCAGACUUAUGUACAAAGGAUGGUAGCUUCAAUUGUCCACAUGCUACCGUUUUCUUUAAUGCUUCCAUCAUCUGGGGUGUGAUAGGUCCACAAAGGAUGUUCUCCAGUGGUCAAUUAUAUUCGAAGUUGAACUACUUUUUCAUUGCAGGUGCAAUUCUGCCAGUUAUUAACUGGUUAAUCUUGAACAAAUGGCCCAAGCGAUUUGAAAAGUACGGGCGUAUACCAAAGAUCUGUGCCAAGUAUUUGUCUUGGCCAGUCUUUUUCAGUGGUACUGGUAUGAUUCCCCCAGCUACAGCUUACAACUAUGGAGCCUACUGCAUUCUCGGUAUUUUCUUUGGAUACUUCGUAAAACGUUAUUGGUUCCACUGGUGGACAAAGUACAACUACUCCCUGAGUGCUGCUUUGGACAUCGGCUUGGCUUGGUCAGCCCUCAUAGUAUUCUUUAGUACCUCGAUUCAUACGGUCAAUCCACCAAGUUGGUGGGGCAAUAACGUUGUAUCGAACACAUUAGACAGUAAGGGUACGGCGAUGCAAAUAACGUUGACGUCUUCUGAGGAUUUUUUUGGUCCAUCCAGCUGGUAA